GCUGUCGCAGCCCCUGUUCUCCCUCUUGGUUCAUAAUUACUGUUUUAACUUUCACUUUUCAGUGAAUAUACGUGCCACCACAGUAUCGCCAUCAGUACUUAAGUUAAUAUUGUAAAACGACUUUCUUUUUAGGUUUAAAAUUGUGGUUUUAACAUGAAUAACCGAGUUGUUUUGGUAUUAUUUUUACUCACCGUCUUUUGUGCAGUCUCAUUGGAAGCCCUACAACCGAAAGCACCGAACUUUCAAUACUUCGAGAGGCCUAAAUACCGAUACCCAUAUUACGACGAAAAUGGCGUGGGACGCCUGCUAUAUGGUUAUGGAGACGAUAAAUUGUACCAGUACAAAGUGUUUACGCCACUAGAGGGAAUUCACUAAAGAAAUCUAUUUUAUCUACUCAAGGAGUUAGUAAAUAAUUUUAGUAACGGUUCAUAUACUAGUCUGUUAUGUUUUAACAUUAAAAGAAUAAUAUAUUUUUAUGGUAAAA